AUGGCAUCUAUAUCGUUCGGUGACGAAAACCGCGGUAUGCAGGUGGGAGUCAAUAAUGGAUCGAUCCAUCUUCCUCCGGAGCGACUGGAAACCCCACCAGCCCCUCUAUCGACCGUCCCGUUUCGCCGCGACCCAGACUUUGUCAGUCGCGACACACUGCUCGAUGAGAUACAUAGGAAGAUCUCAGCCCCCAGUUCUAGGGUAGCGCUUGUGGGCAUCGGCGGUGUAGGGAAGUCACAACUUAGUAUCGAAUACUCCUACCGAGUUCGAUACCAUUCACCAUCGACGUGGGUUCUUUGGAUCCACGCAAGUAACGCGGCUCGGUUCGAGCAAAGUUUCCGGGAUAUCGCCGAGCAGACCAAACUUUUCGGGCGUAAGGACCCCACAGUGAAUAUAUUCCAGCUAGUCGAAAGCUGGCUCCAGGACGCGAAAAGAAAGUGGCUACUGAUUCUUGAUAAUGUUGAUGAUUAUGGGUUCCUUCGCCAGCCGGCAACAGGUCAGCAGGGUCUAGCGGCCGGCCAAUCCAACCUCUCGACAAAGCCACUAUUAGAAUUUCUCCCCCGAAGCUCCAAUGGAUCAAUACUUAUCACAAGUCGGAACCGAGAGGUGGCUUUGAAUUUGGUCGAUCACCAGGACGUCAUUCAAGUCCACCCAAUGGCAAGGCCCGAGGCGCUAGAACUUCUCCAACGGAAGGCCGGACUACCAGCAGCAACCCCCGAUAGUUUAAAUCUAGUGGAAGAACUAGAUUUCAUGCCAUUAGCGAUCAUACAGGCGGCCGGCUAUAUCACACAUCGAGCGCCCCGCUGUUCGGUAUCACAGUACCUCGAAAUGCUUCAGAAGAGUGAUCGCGAAGCGAUAAAGCUUCUUGAUUAUGAGGCUGGCCAUCUCUACCGAGAUUGGGAGGCAAAGAAUUCGAUCCUGGUUACGUGGCAAAUCUCCUUCAACUAUAUUCGGCAAACACGACCGUCCGCAGCUGAUUUGCUCUCACUUAUGAGCUUUUUUGACCGACAUGGAGUCUCACAGGAUCUUUUCCGAGUUCAACGCGAGACAAAAGCCGACGAUUCGAGCUCAGAGGAGAUAUCGUUGGAGUACAUUGACGAUGGUAAUACGGACAGUCCGUCUGAACCAAACAUGGAUCAUGAUUUUGAGGUUGAUAUUUCAAUGUUAAGAGACUUUUCAUUCAUUUCGGUCAACAAGGAUAGUACAGUAUUCACAAUGCAUCGGCUAGUGCAACUUACUGUGCGUGUGUGGCUGAAAACUGCCCAACAGCUAGAACAAUGGAAGGAGCGAUUUAUCAUGAUCCUGUGGCAAAGGUUUCCAACGGGUGAAUACGAGAAUUGGGUACGUUGCCAGUCGCUCUUUCCACAUGUGAAAUCAGCCAUAUCACAACGACCAAGAUCCCAAGACUCACUAGAGAAAUGGGCUACGCUGCUUUAUAAUGGGGCAUGGUAUGCGCAAGCAAGUGGAAAUAUUGCCGAAUCAAUAGAAAUGGCAUCUAUCUCGCGGACGGAAAGAUUAUCCAUGUUUGGCUUAGAGAGUGAAAAGACCCUGGAUAGCUCUGAGAUGUUAGCGGCCGCUCACAUAUCAGGCGGGCGGUGGGACGAGGCGGAGCAGCUCGAAGUACAGGUUAUUGAGACUCGCAAAGCGAGGCUUGGUGCCGACCAUCCUGACACGUUGACGAGUAUGGCCAAUCUGGCGUUGGCGCUCUGGAAGCAAGGCCGGUGGGAAGAGGCAGAGAAGAUCGAGGUGCAGGCUAUGGAGACUCGCAAGACAAGGCUUGGUGCCGACCAUCCUGACACGUUGACGAGUAUGGCCAAUCUGGCGUUGGCGCUCUGGAAGCAAGGCCGGUGGGAGGAGGCAGAGCAGCUCCAGGUACAGGCUUUAGAGACUCUUAAGACGAAGCUUGGGGUCGACCAUUUUGACACGCUAGCGGUCAUGGGCAAUCUAGCGCUAACUUUCUCGAACCAGGGCCGGUGGGAAGAGGCGGAGAAGAUCGAACUGCAGGUUAUGGAGACGAGCAAGAUAAAGCUCGGCGCCGACCAUCCUGACACGCUGGUGUGUAUGAGCAAAUUAGCGUUGGUAUAUAGCAAACAGGGCCGGUGGGAAGAGGCGGAGCAACUCGAGCUGCAGGUUAUAGAGACGAGUAAGAUAAAGCUCGGUGCCGACCAUCCUGACACGUUGACGAGUAUGGGCAAUUUGGCGUCGACACUCUGGAACCAGGGCCGGUGGAAAGAGGCGGAGCAGCUCGAGGUGCAGGUUAUGGAGACUCGCAGGACAAAAUACGGCGCCGACCAUCCUGACACACUAACGAGUAUGGGCAAUUUGGCGUCGACAUAUAGGAAGCAGGGCCGGUGGGCAGACGCGGAGAAGAUCGAGCUGCAGGUUAUGGAGACUUUCAAAACGAAGCUCGGGACUAAACAUCCUCAAACGCUGGCGAGUAUGGGCAAUUUGGCAACUACAUAUAUGAACCAGUGCCGGUGGGAAGAGGCAGAGCAGCUCGAGGUACAGGCUUUAGAGGCUCUUAAGACGAAGCUCGGCGCCGACCAUCCUGAUACGCUAACGGUCAUGGGCAAUCUGGCGUUGACGAUCUCGAAUCAAGGCCGGCUGAAAGAGGCGGAGCAGCUCGGAAUGCAGGUUAUUGAGGCUCGCAAGACGAAAUUCGGCGCUGGCCACCCUGACACGCUGACGAGUAUGGGCAACCUAGCGACGACAUAUUUGAAUCAGGGUCGGUUUGAAGAGGCAGAACAAUUAUUUGUGCAGGUUAUAGAGACUAGCAAGACGAAGCUCGGCACUGACCACCCUUUCACGCUGACGAGUAUGGUCAACCUCGCUUGCACAUUUCGCUUAUCGGGUCAACGCAAAGCCGCUUUGCUGUUGCUGGCCGAAUGCGUUCCACUUUGCGACCGGAAACUAGGCCCUGACCAUCCACACACUAUGUGUUACAAGUCCCUCCUCAAUGAAUGGGGUAAGGAGGAUGGCUCUCCAUCUUUCAAGUUUUUUAAAGCGCCGACUGAAACCAACGAUGGCCAACGUGGGUGGCGCAACAUCUUUUCGCGCCUCUUCAGCAGAGAAUAG